AUUCAUCAAUUCUUACCUACUAACAUCUUUUAGUUACCGCCUAAUUAGUACUCCCUCGAAAAUGCCCCUGCUGUCAAUAACCCCAGAAGACUUCGCCGCUCGCGAUUUUGACUACCUCAUCCUCGGUGGUGGGACUGCUGGACUAGCACUUGCAGCGCGCCUAUCUGAAGACCCCAAUGUGAUUGUUGGGGUCUUGGAAGCAGGUCCAAACGGCCUGGGAGACGAUACUAUUGAUGAGCCCGGAAAAUACAAUGCUCUCAAAUACGAUUGGAAGUUUGAAACAACUCCGCAACAAGGACUAGGUGGACGGAGUCUUGCCUGGCCAAGAGGGAAGGUUCUGGGAGGUAGCAGCGCAUUGAAUUUAAUGACAUGGAAUCGUGCGAGUAAAGAGGACUAUGAUGCUUGGGAGAAAUUGGGGAAUAAGGGUUGGGGUUGGGAUAGUCUACUUCCCUUUUUCAAGAGGACGGAGGGGUUCCACCUAUCAAAGGAGGAAUACCAAGACGAUCACCAAGUCUACUCUGGUGGGGAAGCUAUGGGCACUCAGGGGCCAAUCCAUAUAACACGCUCUAAACAGUACUCAGAAACACACGAGCUUUGCCACAAUACUCUCAAUAAUCUCAACAUACCGGAGAAUAAGACACACCUUUCCGGGUCAAAUGUUGGUGUUUGGAAGAAUCUGGUCUCAGUACAUCCCGAAAGCAACACAAGGUCUUAUGCAGCAUCCGCAUAUCUCGAACCGAACUUAUCGAGGCAAAACCUCUUCGUGCUUACGGAGGCCCUUGUUGAAGAGGUCAUCAUAAACCAACAGAGCGGACAAUGGACCGCUACCGGUGCCCGCUUUACCCACAGUAGCAACUCCUUCGCUGUCUUAGCAUCUAGGGAAAUCAUUCUUAGCACAGGAAGUAUCCAGUCGCCACAACUUCUUGAGCUCUCCGGGAUAGGUAACCCUCAGAUUCUCGAGGAGGCGGGAAUCGAGGUCAAAGUAGCCAAUCCCAACGUUGGCGAAAACCUCCAAGACCACCUAACAACCGUGACCGUCUGCGAGCUUGAUCCAUCCGUAGAAGAAAUGAGCCCUGGUCCUCCAGGCAAUCCACUCUGUUACCUUCCAUUAUCAAUUAUAACUGCACAAGAUAAAGUCGAGCGGAUCGUUUCGAAGAUCGAAAGACUUGAGAAAUAUCCACCAGAACAAAUGGCGAUCCUGAAGGGUCGAUUCGAUAGCGGCAUAAAGCUUGGUCAUGUCGAGUUCCUCUUGGAACCAGGGAACUGGAACUCAAAUUUCGUUCCAGAACCAUCAAAUAGCAAGAAAUAUGCGAGUAUACUCCAAAUAUUGCAAUACCCCUUUUCACGAGGAAGCAUCCAUAUCCCAGGAUCACGGCUUAGCGCCAAGGAUAGGCCUACUAUUUCAGACAAACCAAUCAUUGACCCCGGAUAUUAUUCCGGUGCUCAUGGAGAGAUAGACCUAGAGAUUAUGACACAGUCCAUGCGUUUUACCGAUAAAAUAUUCAAGACAGCGCCAUUAUCGGGCGUUGUACUCUCAAAGGGAACUCCUUCGUCUUCUGUAAACAGUGAUGAUGAGUUAAGAGAGUGGGUUGUUAAUAACACAAGUACUGAUUGGCAUCCAGUAGGCACUUGUGCAAUGGGUGGUGGUGGUGGUAUUCACUCAGGGGUAGUCAAUGAUCGACUUCAGGUAUAUGGGGUGGAAAGGCUAAGGGUGGUCGAUGCAAGCAUAAUGCCGCUACAAAUUAGCGGGCAUCUUCAAGCUACAGUGUAUACUAUUGCUGAGAAGGCUGCAGAUAUGAUCCGAAUGGAUAAUGUUGAAAGAAGGGAAGCUAGGGGGCCGAAUUAACUCGCUGUGGAGGAUAUAUGCGGCUGUGAAUAUCAUGGCUAGGGAGUUAUCGCAUUUGUCGGCUCGUACGCAGGGUAUAUAGGAUACCACUUCAAAAAGACAAUACCCUAAUGUGAAAAUAGCGUAAAGAUUUUCAUUAGGUAAACAUAAUAUUACAUCGCUGCGGAUCUGAAUAGGCAUCAAAAUCCCACAUUCCAGUUUAUACUAUUGGCUUUCCGUUGUCCGACCAAGUCAUAUCAUGCCGUACCAUGAUUCCUUCAAGAGGAAUAUCCGGGUAAGUCGUGGGCAGCGAAUUUGGACCGCCAUAGCUGCUGAUAUUGACAUGAUGGACGCCACGGGAAGCCAAGGGGAACUCUUCGUCUGUGUCCAGCCUCUCGAACUCUCCAUCCGUUCUACUAUUUAAUUUCUUAUUCGACGACCUGCCAAGUGUGGU